AUGUAAGUUUUAUUAAAAACACUUUCUGAUACCUUUGAACCUAUAAGGUUGGCGGCUAUUAAAGGAUUAGAAGCUUUAAUUGAAUAUUUAGGGUGUACUUUAGGCAGUUUAUUACCUUAGAUUGUAGAGAACAUACUACUUUCUUAUUCUGAAUUUAAGAAAUAAAAUAAAAAUAGUAAAUUGGUUAUUGAUAUGUAUCAUCACUUAUUGGAAACUUUUUUGAAUGUCUUAGCUAGUUGUUCUUCAUAAAUUUUAAGAGUUAUUUUUACAGGAAUUAUGGGUUAAAAUAUGUUCAAAAAAGGAGAAAAUAAUGUCGAAUUAUUGAUAAAAAUUUUCUUAAUGAAAUAAUUAACUUAGUUGACGAAUCUAAUUCUAAUGUAAAGUUUCAUGUCAAUAUUUUAUGGGAAACUAUGA